AUGCCCAUGAAUCCGAUGAACUCCUCUUACGCCAGGCUGGCAGAGCAUGUGUGGAGCAAGGCUUCGAGCCACGUGUCGUUGCAUGCCGGCGACUACCUGCUGGACAAGGAACGCCUCAAGAGAGUUGACAGCAGUCCUCUUGCACGAUCAAGGAUCAGAAGAAGUGACGUGUUUUCUUCCUCUUCCUCCCUCACGUGCUUCAGGCGAGGCUUCUCAUCCUGCUCGGCCCUCGUCACGGUCUGGAGUAGGACGACAGCAAAGGUCAGGGACAAUGUCAAACCUGCUGCGGCAAAAGAAUCGACAAGCCAGCUUUUGGAGGUGCUGGGGUCGUUCACUCGUGAGAACCUUCAGGAGUGGAUGCGCGAGGAGUUGAAGGCGAUUCUACUUGAGCAUCCGAGAGGAGGAGGCGCGUGGAGGAUGAGAGUGGAGGAGCGCGCGACCCCUCAAGGGUCUGCUGAUAGGAGGAAGAAGUAA